GCCAAUUUGCGCCAUCCAUUCCCACCUGGGCACUCAUUCGCUCUCUCUGCCUCUCUCCUACUCGGACUCGUUCCGUGCUGAAGCAUUGGAGAUUCGCACGUCCCUGAACCAAGUGAACUCUUCCGCAUCAACUUGAUCCUCACUUGCAUCAAUUAGGACUCCACCAAUCUCAAGAGCACCUAACAGUCAGCGUCUCAAGAUCAUUCGUAGAUAUUACGCAGAGGAAAAUGUCCCAAUUCGACGCCAUCUCAUCCUACCUCCCACCGGGAGAAGGCUACCUGCCGAAAUGGCUCCUAUUCAUCUCCGUCGUUUCUCUAGCGAACAGCAUCCAAUCCUACACCUCGCUGGCCGGAACCCGCGCAGUCUACUCAGGCACCGUUCCCUCCAAACCCUCCGGUGUUCCCUCCUCAACCCUGCGCUCCUCCUCCCUCGAGUCCACCAGUCCCGUGACGGCUCUCAGCGCGCGAACCUUCGGAACCUGGACCGCCAUCACGAGCAUCAUCCGCUUGUACGCAGCCUACAACAUCGCGAACCAACCUGUCUAUGAAAUGGCGCUGUGGACGUUUGGGGUCGCGUGGCUGCAUUUCGUGAGCGAGUGGUUGGUUUUUGGCACCGCGAGGUUUGGGAAAGGGUUGAUUGGGCCGUUGGUUGUGUCAACGGCCACUGGGCUGUGGAUGGUCAGCCAGAAGGGGUUUUAUGUUCAGUGAAUUUCAUGUCGGGUGCUGAACAGUUCUAUGGGGGAGAAUUGGAGGGUCGGAGGAAAGGGGAGGGUAAUGUGUAAACGGAGAUGAAUCUUCAUCGAUGUGUUUUCGCGGUCCGAUGCGUAUCAUUAUUCGGUCUGCUUAACCACUGCUGAAAACAUGAACAGAGUAGGCAUCGUCGGGAAUUAAUUGGAGAAAAUAUCAUCAUCAUUAAAAAGUACUGUCUAGAAUUUAACAAGGCUGGAAUGAGAUUCAACAGCCGCAUGCAUUAAUAGGGACUUCCAAAUCCCAGAGAUGAAAAAUAACCAUUUGGGUAUCU